AGCAGCGACAACCGCAACGCGUGAAAGACGGCAUCAGACACUGCUCGAGCGUGAAUAUCCUCUUUGUUUGGCUGUUUUAUUGGGGUAUCGAGACUAGGAAUCAGAGUGCGUUGUGGACUCUCUUUGUACUUUAUCUUUGUCUUCUCUGUCGGCGCUCGUUGUUUCUAUCGGGCGCGAUACCAGCUUGUGUGUGGCUUGUACAUCUCAUAGCCUGUGGACCACAGCUAUUGAUACAUUGAGCUGCUGAAUUGGACCAGCUGAGACUCUGCAAUCAUACUCGUCGAGUGCGAUAGCUCAAGAAGAAGUAAAAAAGAAGGAAGAAGGAAGAAUGAGCGCAGCGGUAUCAUCAUCCACCUCCCACGGAAGCGAGAGGAUCCGCUCCAACAACAGGGCAAAUGGACACAAGCGACACAGCAAGAAGAAAGUGGACCAGUUCCUUGCCGGCGAUAAAGCUCCCGUCGACGACCUACAGAAGGUCACAGGCGACGAAGAACUCAUGGAAUCCUCAGAUCCGAAAGAGCCCGGUGAAAGCUCCGAAGUGUGCUUUAUCUGCGCCGAGCCGGUGAAGUACAGCGCGAUUUCGCCUUGCAACCACCGCUCCUGCCAUGUUUGUGCGCUCAGAAUGCGAGCGUUAUACAAGACGAAUGCCUGCGUUCACUGUCGAACAAUCCAACCGCGAAUCAUAUUCACUAUCGACAACUCUAAAAAGUACGAGGAUUACACGGAGGGCGAUAUCGCGUGCUCAGAUGCAAAACUCGGCAUAGACUUUGACAGAAGGCAAAUCAUGGAGGAUACGGUCAAGCUGCUCAAGUUCAACUGUCCCGACAAAGGAUGUGCGGUGGUGUGCUCAGGAUGGGCAGAGCUUCGGAGACACGUCGGGGAUGUGCACCACAAGACCAUGUGCUCUCUCUGCACUCACAACAAGAAGGUCUUUAUUCAAGAGCACAAGCUGUACACACAGAAAGAGCUGAACAGGCACGAAAAAUACGGCGACGAAGACGGUUUCACUGGUCACCCCGAAUGUCCGUUCUGCCGUCACCGGUACUACUCCGCCGACGAAUUGCGCGUCCACAACAGAGAGAAGCACGAGAAAUGCCACAUAUGCGAGCGGAAUCUUACAGGAAACAGCGAAUCUCAAUUCUUUGUAAACUACGACUCUCUCGAACGACAUUUCCGCGACAUCCAUUACCUGUGUCCUGCGUCUUCGUGCUUGGAGAAGAAGUUUGUGGUGUUUGAGAAUGAGAUUGACUUGAAGGCGCAUCAGCUCGCCGAGCACCCUGGUCUUUAUGGAAACGGAAGAUCAGCCAGGACUAUCGAGACAAAUUUUAUGUUCUCGGCACCAGCAAACAACAAUGGUCGCAGCAGGCCAGGCUCUUCUGCGUCCACGCCCGGGGGAAAUUCAAGGCGGCAAGGAAACGCCGACGCCAGCUCACGCGGCGACAAUCAGCGAGGGAAUCACACGCAAGCAGCAGCUCGAUCGACUGGGUUUGGCACGCAGCUUUCGUCGGAUUUUGGGCAGCCGAAUACAUCUGCGCCAACGAUGAACUGGGAUGCUGCUGACGGUGACUCCAGGGGAGCCAGUUCGACUAUCCGGAUGGAUGACGAGUCUGGUUCGAAUAUUGAGCAUUUCCGUCGCCAGCGUUUGGAUGAAAGAGCGGUGCAACACAUCAAGCGAGGUUCACCGCAGUACAAGAAGUUCCUGUCUCUCAACUCGAAUUUCUCUACGGGCGCCGUCACAGGAAAAGAUCUCGUUCUCGGCUAUAUCGAUAUAUUUGAUACGGAUGUGAACGAGAUUACUCUGCUUAUACAUGAGCUUGCGGAGUUGUUUGCAGGACCUCAGGAAGCGAAGAAGAAUGAGCUCAUCAGUGCCUUGAAUGACUGGAGAGCGAGGAAUGAGGAUUUCCCCGCCCUUCAAGCCAUAGCUCCAGCGAAAGGAAAGGGCCCUAUCGCAAAGGCGCCCGUGAAAGCCAGCGCGACACGUUUCGGAAAGCUACCCGUAACCGGCGUAGCAUGGAGCUCCUCCUCCUCCUCUUCAUCAUCAUCAUCAGCGGCAGGCAAGGCUAGGAUCAACAGAUCCGACAUGCCCUCACUUGCCUCAUUGACCGCGCAGCUCGGAAACUCUCAUGUCUCGAUCCCAAUGUCCUCGCCCCGCCGCGCGCCAUCUCCAAAACUCGCUCUCCCGAUGGCAGACUCGCAGUCCGCGUCUGCCGCGUACGCAAGCACAUGGGUGCCAAGCGGCUCCGCGAACCCCGCCCCGCAAAAGAUCGUGUUUGCAAAGCAGAAACCGCUGUCGUCUUCGUCAAACUGGGCGGGCUCGUCGGCACCGAAAGGACCCGCUCCGAAAAAUAAUCUGAAGGAUUUCCCGCCUCUGCCGAAGGCUGCGCCGAUUAGGAAAUAUCCCAUGCCAGCGUCAUCGUCGUCGUCUGCGUCAUCGUCGUCGUCGUCGACAGUGAGCGGAUGGGCAAAGUCAGCUGCGUCGCCGGCGCAGAGCGAGCAGUCCAACGAGUUGUUUCCGGGAGCGGUAGUGUCGAAGGGCAAGAAGGGCAAGACGGUUUUCCGUCUGAGUUGAUAGGCUCCAGAACAACCCUGGCUGAUAGGCUAACAACUGUUUUUGGUGGGAUGUGUUUGGAUAGCUAUUAAACUAAUUUGCAUGGUGGAAUAUAAUUGACUUUUACGACGCUUUGGUCU